GACGCGGUACUUGCCAGACGGUGUUAGGCCUGCAAGUUGUGGCGUCAAGUUGGUUGCACGAUAUAUCUACAUGGCCAAGUACUAUGAUGAGAUACCUGAAUUUCUCAUCGAAUGGAUCAAGAAGCAGCACAUGUUCUGGGUGGCUUCGGCUCCCCUGAGUCCUGACGGACAUGUCAAUCUCUCCCCAAAGGGCACAGCGGAUUGCUUUCAUGUCGUCAACUCUCAUCGAGUUUGGUAUCAGGAUUUGACUGGGAGCGGAGUGGAAACGAUUUCCCAUAUCAGGGAGAAUGGUCGCAUGACGAUCAUGUUUAAUGCCUUCGAGGGUCCUCCCAAGAUUUUGAGAUUGUUUGGAAAAGGAACUGUAUACGAAUAUGGCACACAAGAGUACGAAUCUCUUAUUCCUCCCGAGACUCGGAAGCCGGGCUCUCGAGCAGCUAUCGUCAUGGAUGUAUAUCAGUGUCAAACGACAUGUGGAUUUGCUGUUCCAAUUUAUGAGUUCGUUGCACAUCGCACCCAACUCCUCCGAAUGGCCGAUAUGGUAGAAUCAUGCGACCGCGCCUCGGACGCCUCGUCCUCCCCAGAGAUCGAUCAGAAGGGUAUAAAAGCUUACUGGGCAAAAAAUAACUUCAGAAGUUUGGAUGGCUUGCCUGGUCUGCUCACGGCAUCUGAUUCCAAAGUAACGCCUAUCGGUAAUUUUGACAAGGAAAGUCAAAGGCCGAAGUUGCACCGUUCGUCUUCGAGAGAGGGGAGCGCUCAGAGCAGUGGUGUAGAUCUAGCCAUUGGUUUUGCCCUUGGUGCGUUGGUCGCUACUGCCCUUCUUUACAUCCUCUCUGCCACCGCAAAAUUUGUAAUCCCCAUGGCUAAGUAUUACGAUGAAAUACCUGAAUCUCUCAUCGAAUGGGUCAGGAAACAACACAUGUUCUGGGUGGCUUCAGCUCCGCUGGCGGAUUGCUUCCAUGUUGUGAACUCUCGCCGAGUUUGGUAUCAGGAUUUGACUGGAAGUGGUGUUGAAACUAUAUCUCAUAUCAGAGAGAACGGUCGCAUAACGAUUCUAUUUCACUCCUUCGAGGGGCCUCCUAGGAUCUUCAGGUUAUAUGGGAUAGGCACUGUAUACGAAUAUGGCACGCAAGAGUAUGAAUCUCUUAUUCCUCCUGAGACUCGGAAACCGGGGUCUCGUGCUGCUAUCGUCAUUGAUGUAUACCAGUGUCAAACGUCAUGUGGAUACGCCGUUCCAAUCUAUGACUUCGUUACGCAUCGCACUCAACUCCUCCGAUCACUCGACAUGAGAGAGUCACGCGACCGCGCUGUUGCCUUCACAGAGAUCAAUCCGAAGGGCCUUAGAGCCUACUGGAUACAACAGAACCUCUCGAGCGUGGAUGGCCUUCCUGGCCUGCUCACGGCACCUGAUUCCAAAGUUACGCGUCUCAGCGUUUUUGAUAAAGAAGGUCCAAGACCGAAGUUGCACCGUUUGUCUUCGAGGGAUAGGAACACCCUGAGUGCGGCUUUAAUGGUUGGUUUUGCACUCGGUGCAUUGGUCGCUACUGCCCUUCCUCGCAUCCUAUCCGCCACUGGAAACUUUGGAAUGUUUACCACCCGAGCUUAA